CAACGCAUGGCACUAUGAGCAAAAAUCCUCCAAACUUAAGGACAGUUUAGGAAUUUCGUGUCGUUGCUGUCCAGUUCACGCGUUCACGUCGUUGAGGAAAACCAAAAACGAGAGGGAGAAAAGAAAGAGAGGAAAAACAAAGCGAGAGAGAAAAUCAGAGAGAAAGCGAAGGAAAAAAAAGAAAAAAACCUUGCAAAGAGGAGGGAGAGUUUGGAUCGCUGCUUUGGCGGAAAGGAGGGGUUUAAAGGUCUGCCAUUGUAUAGCUUUUCUCUGCAACGGCACUUUCCUUCAAUGUGACCACCCCCUUCGUUUCCUAGAAAAAACGAAAUAAAUAAAAAAAAAGGAAAAAAGGACAUUGCAAUAACGAAGUCUCUGCAGUUAUAGAGAGAAGGAGGAAAUAUAUUUGGUACGGUUGGAGAAAGGAGAUAGGGAAGCGAGGAGUGUGAAAGUUGUGUUUUUGGUUGAUUAGAGGCAGAGAUUUGGAGGAAAAUUUUGAAUGUCGAUACGUUGCGCAUUGGUUCGUGGAAGGAUCUAGGGUUGCCUCGGAUCUGAAUCGAAUCAGAAACAAUGGUUGCUCCAUCCAAUAUUAUUGUUGGAUCUCAUGUUUGGGUGGAGGAUGCAGAGGUAGCUUGGAUAGAUGGGGAAGUGAAAGAAAUCAAUGGGGAAGAGAUUAAAGUAAACUGUACAUCAGAGAAGACGAUUGUGACCAAGACAUCUAGCGUCUAUCCAAAGGAUCCUGAAUUUCCUUCAUGCGGUGUUGAUGAUAUGACGAAGCUAGCAUAUUUACAUGAACCUGGGGUUUUGCAGAAUUUAAGAUGCAGAUACGAUAUUAACGAAAUAUAUACUUACACAGGAAACAUAUUGAUUGCUGUAAAUCCUUUUCGAAGACUGCCACAUUUAUAUGACAAUCACAUGAUGGAACAAUACAAAGGGGCAGCUUUGGGUGAGCUGAGCCCACAUCCAUUUGCUGUUGCAGAUUCUGCCUACAGACAGAUGAUUAAUGAGGGAAUAAGCCAAUCAAUUUUGGUAAGUGGGGAAAGUGGAGCUGGUAAAACAGAGAGUACAAAGAUGCUUAUGCGCUAUCUAGCUUAUAUGGGAGGGAGAGCUAACAAGGAAGGGGAGCGGUCUGUAGAGCAGAAGGUCUUGGAGUCUAAUCCUGUUCUGGAAGCAUUUGGCAAUGCGAAGACUGUCAGAAACAAUAAUUCAAGCCGCUUUGGCAAGUUUGUGGAACUUCAGUUCGAUCAAAGGGGUAGAAUUUCUGGAGCUGCAAUCAGGACUUAUUUGCUAGAACGAUCUCGUGUUUGCCAAGUGUCUGAUCCAGAGAGAAACUAUCAUUGCUUUUAUAUGCUUUGUGCUGCACCGCCGGAGGAUGUUGAGAAGUACCAAUUGGGAAAUCCACGAACUUUUCAUUAUUUAAACCAGUCAAAUUGUUAUGAGCUGGAUGGUUUAGAUGAUUCCAAGGAGUAUCUUGAUACUAGGAGAGCUAUGGAUGUUGUUGGGAUCAGUCAGGCAGAGCAGGAUGCAAUAUUCCGAGUCGUGGCUGCAAUUCUACAUUUAGGAAAUGUUGAGUUUGCAAAGGGACAGGAAACAGAUGCUGCUGAACCUAAGGAUGAUAAAUCUCGGUUCCAUUUAAAAACUGCAGCUCAACUAUUCAUGUGUGAUAAAAAGUCUCUUGAAGACUCCUUGUGUAAACGUGUUAUUGUGACUCGUGAUGAGAGCAUUACAAAAUCGCUUGAUCCAGAUGCAGCAGCUGUCAGUAGAGAUGCCUUGGCCAAAAUUGUUUAUUCAAAAUUAUUUGACUGGCUCGUGGACAAGAUAAAUGUUUCUAUUGGUCAGGAUCCGGAAUCAAAAUUCUUGAUUGGUGUUCUGGAUAUUUAUGGAUUUGAGAGUUUCAAGACAAACAGUUUUGAGCAAUUUUGUAUCAAUUUGACAAAUGAAAAGCUGCAGCAGCAUUUUAAUCAGCAUGUUUUUAAGAUGGAGCAGGAGGAAUAUAAAAAGGAAGCAAUUGACUGGAGUUACAUAGAAUUUAUUGAUAAUCAAGAUAUUCUUGACCUUAUUGAAAAGAAACCUGGUGGCAUCAUAGCUCUUCUCGAUGAGGCUUGUAUGUUUCCCAGAUCAACACAUGAGACAUUUGCGCAAAAGCUUUAUCAGACUUUUAAAGACCAUAAGCGCUUCAGUAAGCCUAAGUUGGCACGUACAGACUUCACCAUUUGUCAUUAUGCUGGUGAUGUGACUUACCAGACUGAGCUCUUCCUGGAUAAGAACAAAGAUUAUGUUGUUCCAGAGCAUCAAGCUCUACUGGGUGCUUCAGAGUGCUCUUUUGUAUCAAGCUUGUUUCCUCCUUUACCUGAGGAAUCUUCCAAAUCAUCAAAGUUUUCCUCGAUAGGUUCCCGCUUCAAGCAACAACUCCAAGCUUUGCUUGAGAUUUUAAGUGCCACUGAACCACACUACAUUCGUUGUGUAAAGCCAAAUAAUGCUCUUAAGCCAGCAAUAUUUGAAAACAAUAAUGUACUACAACAACUUCGUUGUGGGGGAGUGAUGGAGGCAAUUAGAAUUAGUUGUGCUGGAUUUCCCUCUCGAAAGAUGUUUCGUGAAUUUAUAGGUCGGUUUGCCAUAUUGGCUCCAGAAGUUCUCCAUGGGAGUGGUAGCUAUAAUGAGGUCACUGCUAGCAAGAGGAUUCUGGAGAAGGGUAACCUCAGUGGUUAUCAGAUUGGUAAAACAAAAGUUUUUCUCAGGGCUGGUCAGAUGGCUGAACUAGAUGCACGUCGAAGUGAGGUUUUAGGAAGAUCGGCAAGUGUUAUACAGAGAAAAGUCCGUACAUAUUUGGGUCGUAAACGCUUUAUGUUGUUGCGGUUAUCCGCCAUACAAAUUCAAGCCUUGUGUAGUGGACAAGUGACACGCCAUCAGUAUGAGAGGAUGAGAAGAGAAGCUGCUUGUUUGAAUAUUCAAAAACAUUCGCGCAAGUUUCUUGCAAGGAAAGCUUACAGGAGGUUGUACUUCUCAGCUGUUUCCAUUCAAGCAGGUAUGCGUGGGAUGACUGCUCGUAAUGAGCUUCUGUUCAGGAAGCAGACAAGAGCUGCAACUGUAAUUCAGAGUCAUUGUCGACGAUUCUUGGCCAGGCUUUAUUUUCUGAGGUUAAAGAAAGCAGCAAUUGCCACACAAUGUGCCUGGAGAGUAAGAGUUGCACGUAGAGACUUACGGAAACUAAAAAUGGCUGCCAAGGAAACUGGUGCUCUCCAAGAAGCCAAAAGUAAGCUGGAAAAGCAAGUUGAAGAACUAACGUGGCGCUUGCAGCUGGAAAAACGAAUGAGGGUUGACCUUGAGGAAUCCAAAAACCAGGAAAAUGCAAAGUUGCAAUCUGCUUUGCAGAAGAUGCAAGUUGAGUUUCAGGAAACAAAGGAGUUGCUAAUCAAGGAGCGUGAAGCUGCAAAGAGCAUUGCUGAAAAAGUUCCUGUCAUUCAGGAGGUCCCUGUUAUUGAUGAUGAAUUGAUGAAUAAACUAACUGCUGAAAAUGAACAGCUGAAGGCUCUACUAAGUUCAUUAGAACACAAAAUUGAUGAAACAGAGAGGAAAUAUGAAGAAACAAACAAGCUUAGUGAAGAGCGGCUAAAGCAGGCUUUGGAGGCAGAGUCGAAGAUAAUUGAGCUAAAAACUGCAAUGCAGAGGCUCGAGGAGAGGAUUUUGGACAUGGAAACUGAGGACCAGAUUUUGCGACAGCAAGCAUUGCUGAGUGCACCUAGUAGAAAAAUGUCAGAGCAUUUGUCAAUUGCGACAUCUGCACCUCUGGAAAAUGGUCAUCAUGCACAACUGAGUUCUGGUCCAUCAAAAACGUUUGGUAGAGAAGAUAGUAAAUUGAGAAGAUCCCAUAUUGAAAGGCAACAAGAGAAUGUAGACGCUCUAAUCAAAUGUGUAACACAGAAUCUUGGAUACAGUCAAGAAAAGCCUGUUGCAGCAUUUACGAUAUACAAAUGCCUUCUCCACUGGAGAUCAUUUGAAGCAGAAAGGACAAAUGUAUUUGAUCGUCUUAUUCAGAUGAUUGGCUCUGCAUUAGAGGAUCAGGACAACAAUGAUCACAUGGCUUAUUGGCUGUCGAACACAUCUGCAUUAUUGUUUUUGCUUCAACGAAGUUUGAAAUCCUCUGGUUCAAGUGCAGCACAGAAACCUCCUGCUCCAACAUCAUUCUUUUCAAGGAUGACCCAAAGUUUUCGUUCGUCUUCUGCCAAUCUUCCAAUUGGUGUAGUGCGCCAGGUUGAGGCCAAGUAUCCAGCUCUGCUUUUUAAGCAGCAGCUCACAGCAUAUGUAGAAAAGAUAUAUGGAAUCAUUAGAGACAACCUGAAGAAGGACUUGUCGCCACUUAUUUCUUGUUGUAUUCAGGUGCCUAGGACAUCCAAGGGAACUGCUUUUAAAACGUCUGAAGAGUCACAAGGCGAUAGUUCUCCUGCUAGUCACUGGCACAGCAUUAUUGAGUGCUUGGACAGGCUCCUCUGCACGUUAAAAGAAAAUUUUGUGCCUCCAAUACUUGCUCAGAAAAUUUUCACUCAAAUUUUUGCAUUUAUUAAUGUACAACUCUUCAAUAGCCUUCUUCUUCGUCGAGAGUGCUGCACAUUUAGUAAUGGGGAGUAUGUGAAGUCUGGCUUAGCUGAAUUGGAACUAUGGUGUGCCCAAGUGAAAGAAGAGUAUGCAGGCCCAUCAUGGGCUGAACUCAAACACACAAGGCAAGCUGUUGGAUUUUUGGUUAUCCAUCAAAAAUCCAGAAUAUCCUAUGAUGAAAUUACAAAUGACCUUUGUACUGUUUUGAGUGUUCAACAACUUUAUAGGGUAUGUACGCUUUAUAGGGAUGACAACUAUAACACUCAAAGUGUUUCACCAGAUGUCAUUUCCAGCAUGAAACUUCUUAUGACAGGUGAUUCCGAAGAUGAUGGUGGCAGCUCCUUCCUGUUGGAUGACGAUUCCAGCAUUCCUUUCUCAGUCGAGGACUUUACUGGUUCCUUGCAAGUAAAAGAAUUUGCAGAUGUAAAACCCGCAGCAGAACUUAUUGAGAAUCCAGCCUUCCAAUUUUUACAGGAUUAAAGGCACCGGUUCCACCAUCAUUUUCUCUUUUUUGAUGCACUGCAAUUUUUUGUCAGGAGUCAUAGAAGGAAAAACAAAAAAUUCAAACUUCGUGUCAAUGCCUCACUGUAAAUGGAGCCCCAUUGUCUACAAAUGUUACCCUUCAUUGUAACAUCCAUUGCCCCAAAUGUAACAUAAUUCUUAGGGUUCUACCAUUUUCAUUAGGGUGUUUAGGUAGUAUUGGUCGUUUCUCGUCAGCAUUCUUUGUAGUGAUGGUAGGAGGGGAAGAAAAUGUUAAUGUAGUCUAUUCUGGUAGGAGCCGACCCAAAAAAGGAAAAGCUUGUUCAACAUCCAAAUUUUCAUCUUGUACAAAGUAACAAAUAGCAAAAGUAUUUAUAGCUAAAAAUGAUUCCACGUAUUCAUUGUAUACACAUUGUUGAAAAUUGGAAUACAAAAUAAUUGAUGUUUCUAUGUUA